AUGGCUCUCAUACAGAGAGAGGAGAAUGGCGCUGAUGGCAAGCGGGUAGUGGGGAAAUCCGCUGUGCUUCACAGAGAUCUUGGCUAUGACUUCCUUCCUCUACUAGGAGGCGAGGGCAACCACCUUGUGCUCGGGGACGGGCGCAGAAUUUUCGACGCGUCAGGGGGUGCUGCUGUUGGAUGCAUCGGUUGGGGCAACGAGAGAGUUGCCCGGGCCGUUAUGAGGCAGAUGAUGGCGAUACCGUACUGCUCGACGGUCUUCUAUACGACAAAGGCCCAGGAGGAUAUCUGUCGCUACUUGGUCGACUCGACGAACGGAAACAUGAGCCGUGCUUAUAUCGUCAACUCCGGUUCCGAAGCGAUGGAGGCAGCCGUCAAGCUCGCUAGGCAGUAUUUCCUCGAGCUCAGCCCGGCGCAGAACAAGAGGACCCGCUUCAUUUCCCGGAAUCAGUCAUACCAUGGCAUCACCUUGGGCGCGUUGGCGAUUGGGGGGCAUGCGUACAGACGAGCAAAGUUCGAGCCACUCUUGAUGAAGAACGUCUCCAAGGUGUCCCCGUGCAACGCCUUCCGUGGCAGGAAAACGGACGAGACCAAUGAGGAGUACGUCGCCCGACUGGUUCAAGAGCUUGAUGACCAAUUCCAAGCCGUCGGACCGGAUACUGUCUGUGCUUUCAUUGCUGAGCCCGUUGUGGGCGCCGCCCUCGGAUGUGUCCCCUCGGUUCCCGGGUACUUCAAGGCGGUGCAGGCGGUCUGCCAAAAGUAUGGCGCGCUCCUCAUCUUUGACGAGGUCAUGUGCGGCAUGGGACGGACUGGGACUCUGCAUGCAUGGGAGCAAGAGGGGGUCGUGCCGGACAUUCAGACUAUCGGCAAGGCUCUUGGUGGCGGUUACCAACCAGUAGCGGGCGUGCUCGCGAGCCGGAAAGUAGUGGACGUGCUAGAGAAAGGCAGCUCCGUUUUCGUCCACGGCCACACGUAUCAGGGUCAUCCAGCAGGCUGUGCUGGAGCGCUCGAGGUCCAGCGGAUCAUUCGCGAAGAGAAUCUCCUAGAAAACGUCCAGGCAAUGGGCGAGUUACUCUCCAGGCGGUUGCAAGAACGGCUGGGGGCGCAUCCCAACGUGGGCAACAUUCGAGGACGGGGACUCUUUUGGGGCAUCGAGUUUGUUGCCGAUAAGGAGACGAUGAACCCGUUUCCAGUCGGUGACCGCGUGGCCUUGACGAUCUGCGAGCGCGGGUUGGCCAAGGAGUACGGCAUCAGCGUGUAUCCGGGUACUGGGUCGGCCGAUGGCAUCAACGGCGACCACAUCAUCAUCUCGCCCGCCUAUAAUGUGCGCAGCGAGGAGAUCGACAUUUCUUCGCGGCCCAUUGCGCUGGUGGUGAUAGUUGCUGAGGCCGAGAAGAUUAGCAUGGCCGUCGGGGUCACCAACGGCCGGCAUGCUGCCGACGAGGAAGCCCGAGCCGAAGUCGACGUCCUCAACUCGCGCCUGGAAAAGACGACGCAAUUGACCAAAAAGAUCCAGGCAUGUCUCGGCAGGCUCGAGGCGACAGGGAAGAGUGUUCGAGAUGUCGCGGGGCCAUUGAAUGGGGAAACAAAGAGGCUGCAAAUACUGGGAAACAACAUCGAAUCCGUGCUCUCAUCCAUCGAACGCCUCCGCCAGCCCGCCGACAGCAAGAACGACGAAGAGCAAAUCAUCCGGAUGGGUCCAGACAAGGCCGGUCUACCUAAUUACUUGGCGUCCAUAAAGCGCCUAAACAAGGCCCUCAGCGACAUGAAGGCGUCAAACCUCCGGUCGACGCAACAGACGGUCGCAGAGCUUCAACGGCUGGUGAAACUAGGAAACACGCAGCUCGAGAAUUCAUUCGACAAGCUUCUCAGAAACGAGACGCCGCGCGCGAUCGAGCCGCUACAUUUCAUCACCAAAAACAAACCAUUUCCCGUGUUGUCGCAAGACAAGUUUGCCAGGCUGGGCCUGAUGAACUCGUUCGUUGCCGGGGUUUACCGGCAGAGCGGCGGCGCGGCGCCCCAGGAGUCGCCAAUAGCAAAAAUAUACAUCGAGAUCCGGUCACAGUACCUCUCGUCAGCCCUGGUGAACCUGGCGACGGCGAGCACCAGCACCGCCAAGAAGAAGAACCCAGACGCGAUCUACCGGGCCGGCACCAGCGGGAUAGGGACGUACGCCCAGGCGAUGGAGGGUCUCUUCGUCUCCGAGUACGAGAAUAUCUGCAACAUCUUCACCCGAGACGACUGGGGGCCGGUAUUCGAGGCGACAUGUCAGCCGUCGUUGGUGGAGCUGGGGAGGACAUUGCGCGAGCUGAACGGGCAUAUCAAGGCGCACAUGACCACCGACUGCUACCUAGCGUACGAGAUUGUCGAGAUUCUCUCGGAACUUUCGAGCAACCUCGAGAGGAGGACGGGCGAGCUCAAGAAUCCGUUGGCGGCAUCACUGAAGCCAGUUCGCGAAACCGCCAAGUCGUCGUUACCGGAACUCUUGGACGACACCAAAAGGCGGGUUAACGGCCUGCAGACGCUCCCGCUGGACGGCGCACCAAUCCCGAUCGUGUCCGAGACCAUGAAGCGGUUGCAGACCAUGGUGGACUUCCUUCGACCAAUCUCGAGCAUCAUGGUCUCUCUCGGGGACGGCGGUUGGAAAUCAGCCUCUACUUCACGAGGCGGAGGAGGUGAUGCCGUCCCGAGCCUCGCGUCCUUCGACAUUGGCGCCGACGGCAAGGAGAUCUUCGCGCACUACUGCACCGACACGAUCGAAGCGCUCAUGUUGGCGCUCGACGCCCGCGCCCGGCUCCUUUUGCAAAAGAAGCCCGUCAUGGGCGUCUUCCUCGCCAACAGUGUUACCAUCAUCGACCGCAUGAUUCAAACCUCGGAACUUGCCGGCUUGCUGGAUGGCCGCCUGGUGGCGCUCGAGACGUGGCGAAAGAAGGCCGCCAGCUUCUACGCCGACAGCACCAAAGACGUCAGCAUGCACCUGUUCGACGUCAUCCACACGGGUCGCGGCGGCGGCGGGGGCCGGCCCACGUCGGGCCAAGGCGGCGCGAUGGUGAUCGACUCGGCGUCGAUCCUUAAGGGCCUGGGUUCCAAGGACAAGGAGAGCAUCAAGGGCAAGUUUUCGGCCUUCAAUGCGUCCUUUGACGACAUGGUACUCCGCCACAAGGGCUACAGCAUGGAGCGCGAGGUCAGGCAGAUGUUUGCCAAGGACAUGCAGACCAUGAUCGAGCCGCUGUACAACCGUUUCUGGGACAGGUACCACGAGGUGGACAAGGGGAAGGGCAAGUAUGUCAAGUACGACAAGUCAGCGAUCGCGGCUGUGUUUUUGACGCUGUAUUGA